GUGGUGGCCAGCCAACGCCGAAAGCAUUCAACACGCAUCGACUGAAGUUGUUCAUGUCGGUUUCAGCGCUUUUGGUCUUCCAACUUAAGAAAACGUCGAACCAAAGAUAUCUCAUCCUCUAGCAUUCAUUGUUGUCUCUGUCUCUUCUAGCACAGCAUUAUUUGUUCUCUCUGUUUCUUGUUGUUCUAGUACAGCAUUAUAUUUUCUCUCUCUCUCUCGACCUCCUGAGUAGGUACAUCAAUCAGUCAAUCAAUCAAUCAGUCAAGUCGCUCUGUCUCUUUCUCUCUCUCUCUCUCUCUCCAUCUAACAGCGUGGCGGCGUUAGAGGUAUGGGCUUGCGUGGAAUCGCAGCCCGCGUCAAAGGGUCGAGCAAAUGGCGGCUAUUGGCCAGAAAGCGAUUUUUUUUUUAUGCACACAGUAGAGAAGAGGAUCAUGUGAUAUUGAUAUAUGUUACAGGGCUCAGUGCGGAAGGCCCCCCCGAUCUAACUUUUUGAGGGGGGGCUCCAGCCCCGGGUCCUUUUUGUCGAGGGACUGCCGUGCGGGAAGACCUCCAAACGCCCACCUCCGACCCCUUCCCGCUUCUUGCCUGGACCCUGCAGAGCCCCCAUCCCUCAGGCCGUUGAGGCACCGGGUUCGGAAGGCUUCCGAAGGUGGCAAGGCUGGACCCCCUUGCUGUGUUGCAGGUACCUGACAGACCUGGCAAAGGUGGCAAGGCUGGGCCCCCUUGCCGUGUUGCAUGUGCCCGACAGACCUGGCAAAAGUGGCAAGCUGGACCCUCUUGCCGUGUUGCAUGUACCCGACAGACUUCUUGCUUGCGGGCUCCUCGCUGUGAGAGUUCCUUGGAAGGUGGGAGGCCGCAGGUGGCAAGGCUUGACCCCUUUCGCCGUGCUGCAUGUAACCGACAGAACCCAGACGGGCACGCCUUGCCCCCCCUGCUCCUCGCCUUUGGUCCUCAUUCCCUCGGGCGUUUGGUGGCUGCUGACGCUGCCACAAAUAUGGGGGAUGAGCGCCAAAGGGGCCAGGCCUCGCGACCGUGGCUACCUUCGACGGCUUUCCGCCCCUGGAGGUCGUCCCCCUGAUAGGGUCCAAGAGUCGGGACUCCGGUGGAGUACACGCGGAGAGCCGCCAAGGGCCUCCGGCUCCGCCUUUUGAGGCCUUCGCCCGUGGGCGUCCUUACAUGUCACCACAGCGGAAAAAAGGGCGCGCGGACGCCGCCGCCGCUCCAUCCACAGGGGGGAGGCCUCCCUCCCUGGUACGUAUAUAAUACGGCUUCUUAGGAGGUAGUUAAAAAGCUACAAGUAUAACACAGAGCGAACACAUGCCGAGGAUCAUGGCUCUUAGCAGUGCGUAGAGGAUCAUCAUCACGGCUGUAGGGGAUCAAAAUGCCCCAUUUUCUAGUUCUUAGGUCCAGCAUCAUGAUCACUCCGUAAGAAUAUUGAUACUUAGAUGCUUAUAAUACACCAUUGUGAAGAUUCUUAUCUGUCACUACAAUAAAUUUGUCGUCAACAACAUCUUAGAGACCUAGGUGUAGGUGAUGAUCGAGGAUAUGGAGUCGCACUAGUAUUUUCCUCCAUCACAUACACACUAUCUUAUUGUUUCUGGACGUAAAAACGGAAACAACUAUCUAGGUAAGUACAUGUAAGUGAAGUAGGAGCACAAUUAUCUACAUUUUUUAAAUGAAGUACAACUAGGAGCGCUACGUCCGUCGACGAAAGGCGUGGAUUCCUUUUACUUCUUUUUUUUUGCUGCUCUAAUAUGCGGAUCUUUUGUCUGACGCACAGAAUACCAAGUUUACGAUAGGGAAUAACUAUAUUUCUGUUCUUGAUGUGUUUUUGUUUUUGAAGACACCCGUUCAACUUCAGACUCAGGUGUAGCACCAUAUUAAUUCCCAAAGAGGUACUAGAUGCAGUUAGAUGUAGUUGUAGUUUUUCAACUUUAUGUUUUACGACAGUCACGACUGCAUUCUCGACAAGGAAGUUGAAACUCGACAACAGUCUCCAGACAUUUUCAUUUUCGAGGAGAAACAUGAUUCUAAUGAGUGACUCGAUGUGCAGGAUCCAUGAUCUAAGCUAACCACAUCCCUGGAAUACUUUCAACGUACACGUCUGCCUUCUUCACCUCUAAGAAGUAUCAUCUUUCUCUUGCUGGCGCAUGAUGCAGCGACUAAUAUUGCACUGCCUGAUCCUGCAUAUGCAGCCCCUACGGAAGUAGCGCUUCCUGAUGAAGAUGCUGGUAGGGAAGAGGGAAGCCCGAAGAUAAUAGAUUCUGAUGACACGGGAGGCGCUUCUUACGGAGCUGUGGUGGGCGCUUCAUCUGAGGUGUAACAGUAAGGAGCUUGUAACUGAUGAAGACGCACUCAACGGCAAGGAUGAUGCAACAGUAAAAACUUACGGAGCUGCAGUGGACGCUUCAUCGGAGGCGUAGCGAGCUUAUCGACAAGGAUGAUAGAGCAGGUUACGGAGCUGUGGUGGACGCUUCAGCUGAGGCGUAGCUAGCUUAUCGACAAGGGUGAUACAGCAGUAACUUACGGGGCUGUGGUGGACGCUUCAUCUGUGGUGUAACGCGAUAAUAACAAGUGCUAGAGUAGUUAGAGUUGUUUAGCGAUGCCAUGACAACCAAUCAAUAAUUGGUCUUGGUGGAAGCUCCUAGAAGGUAAGUGAUGAUCUCAUGAUAAGCUGGUUACAACCCUCAGGUCUCUAUACUAGGACUGACUGGGUCUCCUGUAUUACGAACGUUUCUUUGAAAUCCGCAGGAUAUACAAGUCAAGGAUCAGGAGUGACUCAGUGGGUUGUGUUUGCCAACUCAUACACUUCAUAGUGAAGUAGAUCAAGAUUUUUGUGUCGAGAAGCCUUUUUUAUAUUAUACUCCACCACAAUUAUACUCAUACCCAUACGCUGCUCCUCGUGCUCUUCCUUCUGUGACCAGGUUAGUAGCCACAUCUUAGAAGCAUCUCCAAGUCCUCUGUUCUACAGAAUGCAAAUGCAUUGAUUCCCAGUCCAGUCCAAUCCUAAACAUAACAACACAUAACAAGAACCUUUCCUUCGCGCAUCCAUGCAGCAUGUCAACACAAAUUCAUAGAUGUGAUUAUGAUGUGAUCAACACAAUCACAAACACGACUACAGAGCCCUUGUUAUCAGCACAUGCUCACCUCCACUUCCAACUCUUUCCUUUGCUUGUUCCUGCAAGGUUUCAUCUAGCCUAUACCUUGGUGUUAAUAGUAUCAACGUAAAGAUGAAGAUGGCGUGGUAGAAGGUCGUGCUUCUCGAGAAGAUUCUACAAGGGGCCUAGUAACCUGUGGAAGGUGACGAGUCAUACUCAUAUUCUUCAAUCCUAUCCCAAGGUUGUACUUACUUCUAUUGAAAAUCAAAAUUCAUGUUGCCUCACUCUGAUAUAAUGUUGAUAUUGAAACAUCAUGUUGAACAA